UUCCUUUUAUCUGGUUUAAAAGCCUCGUGGUUUCCUGAUGGCGUGCUUUAUUGUUUCCUGUUCUAAUUCUCUAUCUUCUUUUCUCCUUAGAGCAGCCACGAACUAUACUUAAACCCAUCACACGUAGAGAGAAAAAGGAGCAACAAAAGACAAGAUGCAGCUCAAAAAAACCGGCCUAGCCCUCGCGGCCCUGCUCCAGCUGUCCGGGGUAUCGGCCCAAGCCUCGGGCUCGGGGGAGACGACGCGGUACUGGGACUGCUGCAAGCCGAGCUGCGGGUGGUCGGCGAAGACGGACAGCGGCAAGCUGGUGGGCACGUGCAGCAAGGACGACAAGCCGCUGAACGACAACGGCGCGACCAAGAGCGGCUGCGACAGCGGCGGCGGCGCCUUCAUGUGCUCCAACCAGAGCCCCUGGGCCGUCAACGACACCAUGGCCUACGGCUGGGCCGCCGUCCGCAUCAGCGGCCAGACCGAGACGACUUGGUGCUGCGCGUGCUACGAGCUCACGUUCACGAGUGGACCGGUCAGCGGCAAGAAGAUGAUUGUGCAGGCGAGUAAUACGGGGGGCGAUUUGGGGCAGAAUCAUUUUGAUCUUGCGAUCCCCGGCGGCGGCGUAGGCAUCUUCAACGCCUGCACGGAGCAAUACGGCGCGCCCUCCAACGGCUGGGGCGAGCGGUACGGCGGCGUCAGCUCGCGCGCCGCCUGCGACAGCUUCCCCGCUGCCCUCAAGGAGGGCUGCUACUGGCGCUUCGACUGGUUCGGCGGCGCCGACAACCCGGGCGUCUCCUUCAAGCAGGUUACGUGCCCCGCGGAGAUCGUCGCGAAGAGUGGAUGCCAGCGGAGCAGUGGAUAAGCGAUGAGUAGGAGGAUGGUGGGAUAGGGGAUAGAUGGCGACGACUGGAGGACGAGUGUAUAUAGGUAGAUGUCGCGACGGGGUUAGCUUGUAUAUACAUAAAAGCUUAUAUAGGUACGCACAUAUUGCCUUGGGAAAAGCACUUGUUGCAUAAUUUGGGAGUCUUGACCGUUCUCGUGGGUCGGAAAUGGUUGUUUGCCAUUUUACUCGAUAUCUCUCAUGCCCUUCCUUCCCUUCCCUUUAGGCCAGACCUAAACUUCCGGUCUCCCGUAAGUAUUCAACUGCGCGCGUCACUAGUUAUUUACCUCCUAUCCAAGUUUGCUAUAUUGUGACGAUCUUAACAUUCUGCUGUUACCUACUUUAUAAAUUUGAGAGUACUUUCUAUAAUCUUGACGUCAGGUACCUAGUAUGUGAUUGUUUAUAGCUUUUUCCUGCUUGUUUUCGCCCACGGGUAAUUCUACCCUGUCUUUGUCGGGGGACGUUCGGGUUCUCAGUCAUUAAUAUAGCUCCUUAGGAGCUGAAUAAACAUCUAUAAAUUAAUUCAACACGGCAUUUGCCCAGA